AUGACUCUUCAUUCCGCCAAUUCUUAUUCUAUUCCUUAUCAAUAUACACUCCAUCGACUGCAAGAACCGUCAUCAACCAAGACACUGCUGCACUCUCACAAUCAAACAUCCUCACCACACACACGAAGGAUAGGAGUUACUUCUACAUCUACCGUCAAAAUGACACAACUACCACUCAAAGACGCCGUGGUCGACUAUUGCGGAGACAUGGCCGCAGACCAGGGGCAGCCCGAUCAACGCAUUGUCAACCUCAUCCGCAAGGGUAUUAGAAAGGUAUGCAAAAGGCACAAGAUUCGCGGCAAGAACGCCAGGAUGAAGAAGCUAAUGAAAGCGGCGAUGAGAUGGUGA